AUGAUAGACCAAAAAAUCUGUUCUGGCACUGACCGCCAGCAGUACUGGAAGAAGUGUCCUAAGGAGGAGCUAGACGAGCUAAUGGAGCUGGUGCACAGGCUAACUAAGCCACAGGGCGGCAAAUUAGCUACUGCCAGAAUUCGUGACUUCAUGUGGAUGAGUGCACCUGAGUUUUACAGAUCUAAGACAAAAGAAAACCCACAGUUUUAUCUAGAGAAGAUAAGGAAGAUCACACAGGUAAUGCAUCUGUCUGAGGAAGAUAGUGUGAAGUUAGCAUCUUACAGGUUAAAGGACAUCACAUAUGACUGGGUUGUUUCUUGGAAAAAUAAUAAAGGGGAGAAUGUUGCUUCUGUUACGUGGCAGAUGUUUCAAGAUGCAUUCUUGGAUAAGUUCUUUCCAUUAGAAUUGAGAGAGGCGAAGAUAGAAGAAUUUAUAAACUUGAGGCAGGGCUCCAUGACUAUUAAGGAGUACUGCUUAAAGUUUAACCAGUUUGCUAAGUAUUCCCCUGAUCUGAUUUCUAACGCCCGCUCUAGCAUGAGUAAGUUUGUGACAGGCAUUUUUGGGUUAGUGCUGAAGGAAUGCAGGAUUGCUAUGUUGUAUAGGGAUAUGGACCUAUCUAGAUUGAUGAUACAUGAUCAGUAA